AUGACUGCUGACUAUUCUCAAGAGCAGUACUGUUACCCGAGCAGCAAUGCCUCCUGUGUUACUGUACAUUUAGGUGUGUGGACUAACUUUGCCCUGUAUUUGCUUUUUGCUUUAGGCAUGUUGGUUACCAUUUUAGGUAAUGCUGUUGUCAUUGUGUCAAUAUGUCAUUUCAAACAGUUGCAUAGUCCUACCAAUGUGCUCGUUUUAUCCCUUGCUUUGGUUGAUCUACUAGUGGGUGUUAUGGUGAUGCCCUUCAGUGCCACCCGGACUGUUCAUGGCUGCUGGUUCUAUGGUGAGGACUUCUGUCUGCUGCACUCCAGUUUGGAUCUGUUUCUCACCACUAUUUCUAUCUUUCACUUAAUUUGUAUCGCUGUUGACAGACAUCAAGCAAUAUGUAAUCCUCUGCAUUAUUCUAGAAAAAUCACAAUGUCAGUGGCUGUGAUGAUGGUAUGUAUCAGCUGGGCACUGGCUGCUGCCUACUCUUAUGGACUGCUUUAUUCUAAGGCAAAUGUAGCAGGGAUAGAAGAUUACGUGGCAUCAAUAAACUGCCUCGGCAGCUGUAACCUUCUCUUUAACCCUCUCUGGGGAAUCAUGGACAAUGUUUUCUGCUUUUUCUUUCCCUGCACUGUAAUGGUUUGCCUUUACACUCAAAUAUUUAUUGUGGCAAAAGAUCAUUUCAAAAAGAUUGGAAAUAUGAGUAAUUGUUCAAAUGACAGAGGAAGAGGUGGGCUGACUAAACAGUCUGAGUGCAAGGCUGCAAAGACUCUAGGUAUUGUGCUUGGUGCAUUCAUCUUCUGUUGGAUGCCCUUUUUCAUAAAUUCAAUAAGUGAUGCCUUCACAGGCUUCAGCACACCUGCUGCAGUUUUUGAAGCAUUUGUUUGGUUGGGUUACUUUAAUUCAACCUUAAAUCCUAUCAUUUAUGCCUUGUUUUAUCCUUGUUUCAAAAAAUGUUUUUAUUGUAUAGCCACUCUGAAAAUAUUUAGCUCAAACUCCUCUACUAUGGCCAUAUCUGUAGUUGAAACAUAA